CCUCGGAAAGCGGAAGUGGAGGCGCGGCCGGAAGUAGCCGGAAUCUCAGCGAGCGGCUUUUGACAGGAUUCCCGCGGAGCGGAGAGGAGGCGGUGGCCAUGGAGUUGGGCGAGCUGCUCUACAACAAGUCGGAGUACAUCGAGACGGCAUCUGGGAAUAAAGUUAGUCGCCAGUCCGUGUUGUGUGGAAGCCAGAACAUUGUUCUCAAUGGCAAGACCAUCGUAAUGAAUGACUGUAUAAUCCGAGGGGACCUGGCAAAUGUAAGAGUUGGACGCCAUUGUGUUGUGAAGAGUCGUAGUGUUAUAAGGCCACCAUUCAAGAAAUUCAGCAAAGGUGUUGCGUUCUUUCCUUUACACAUUGGGGACCACGUUUUUAUUGAGGAAGACUGCGUGGUCAACGCCGCUCAGAUUGGUUCUUACGUUCACGUUGGCAAGAACUGUGUGAUUGGGCGCCGAUGUGUGCUGAAAGAUUGCUGCAAAAUUCUUGACAAUACGGUCUUACCUCCAGAAACUGUGGUACCGCCAUUCACUGUCUUUUCAGGCUGCCCAGGACUCUUCUCAGGGGAGCUCCCGGAGUGUACUCAGGAACUGAUGAUUGACGUCACCAAGAGCUACUACCAGAAGUUUUUGCCUCUGACACAAGUCUAGUGACUGCCACAGAUCUUGAGUUUGCUUGAGCUCUAAGCUGAACUUGGGGACAAAGUGAGUGGUCAGCAUCUAAAAGAGUUCUUAUCUCUUUGACAAUUUCCACCUCUUUUCCUUUUUAAUUUAGAAUUUUUCAAUCCUUCAAGGCUCAGACCUCUUAAGAAUUUAUUCAGAGAACAUCUGGAGGAGCUGUCUUCCUGUGCUGUGCUUACAACUUACCUGUUAGCAGUCACUUGCGCCAUUAUCUGACCCCAGCAUGCUAGCCCCUGGCCCUGCAGAUGACUAGAGCUGUCUGAAAUGGGCCUGCAGAGCAGCAGCGCUCGCCCAGCGUGGAGGUCACGUGGCUGGCGUGCUGCUCACAGCCAUGCAGCGCCCCAGUGUGCACCCCUCACACAGAUAGCGCCCAGCUUUCUUGCUGCUGCUGCUGACACAUUUGUCAGUGGCCACAAUUGCAACAAAUUGCAGUGGCUCGUAAUUCUUGGGAAAAUUGUGGCUUGAGAGCGCAAAUUUCUGUGGCUACUAAAACUGAAGGGAGGAUAGUGAGUGUUUCUCAUCUUCCUAGAAUGACCUUAGGUGUCCUAAGUUGGUUAAUAAAAGGUUUUCUAGUAUUCUCUUUGUUAGGGUUUUUGGCUUUCACUAAAGGACAGGCCCCCAGCACCCUAGGUUUUGCAUAUACAAAGUUCCGGUUUGAGGGUCUCUCCUAUAACUCUGUUAGUCAGCUGGUUACACCUUGCCCAAGGUAUUUGUCUUAUGUCACUAAAGGUGAAGCAUUUGUGACCACUUAUUUUCCAAUCUGGAACCACUGAACCUCCCCCCGAGUUUGCCAGAAUCCCUCAGUGCAGACGAAAAUAUCUGUACUUGAGUCCAAUCACAUACACGCGUGAGGGGCCCUUAGAACUGUCUUCUAGGCACCAAGGUCAGAGAACAAGGGACUUCGCCAGGGUUUUCUUAUCGGUGCCUCUGGCUGACACACAAGGUGGCUCUUCCUGGUUCUCUCUGGCCUCUUGCUUAGAAGGAAGACUGAGAAGUGAGGGGCUGAGAAGAUCGGCUUCCCUAGUGCUCAGACCUGCUGUGAGUGAGGAAGGCAGAACAGUAUCCUUGUAGGUUAGAACCCAGUGGGACCAUCCUGACUUAACACCCAGGUGUGGGGUGUGCAGAAACAGCUGUGUGUAAUCAUUUGCGCUCGUUAGUUUAAAAUCCCUCUCCGGUUUGUCAUUUUUUAUGUUUGUCAAUUAAAGAUUGACACAUGGAACAAGUCA